AUGGAGAGGAAGAAAUAUCAAGAUAAAAAACAGCAAGUUUCUUUCGAGAAAAUGAUCAAAUGUUCUUGUCCUAAUAGUACGAGAUUUGCCAAAGAAAAAUGUCGAGAAAUAGACGUGGAUUAUGUCGUACAUAAACUGCACGAACUUAUAUCCAAUCCAGUCACUAAAGAUGACGUAUCACGAAUCUCUAGACUGUUGUAUGAUUAUCAGGAACAACUUUACGAUCGGGCUUACAUGGUAAAACACUUACCAAUGGUGAUAAAAAUAAUAGAAUUUUUAAAAACGAACGCAAAGCACGUAGAAGAUUAUCGUUUGCAUCUCGAUCAGAUGUUGGAGUUUUCUAAGCGUCCACCCCUAUUGGAAAAAUUCUCUCAGAACAUUACUUGCUCGGACAUAAUGGAACAAUAUUUCACAUUCUUUGGCUAUCUGCUAAUCUUACGUAGCAAGCAAGAGCUCCUUAAAGUGCACGAAGCCCUGCGUUCUUUAUUAAUCAGGACUGUGCCAGCUGAUCCUUCCGCCGUGAAGUCCGAGAUUUGUCGUGCUGCUAUGGAAAAAUCGAAUCUGUGCUUUACGGUGAUCGGAAUAUUAAAUACUUCCUCCACCGAAGAAUACCCUAUGAUGUUGGAAUUGAUCUUCCUACUCUCGUCUAUUUCCUAUGUCUGCUGUCACAAAAUGUUGGAAGCUGGUAUUCUUGAUACCCUGCUAAUUAGAAUGGACCUCGUUUACGCGACUCAAGUGUUUUGUAAACCACCGCCGAACGAGCUCGUAAAAGGAGACGAGUACUCGGAUGAUACAAUGUCUUUGAUAAUGAAUAUCUUAUGGACCCUUAUGAGAUCUAUUUUACCUUCCACAAAAGUACCAGUUUGUUCCAAGGACUUUGGUACUCCGAUGCUUUGUGCUAUGUGGGGUAUUCGUUAUGCAUUCAAGAAACAAAUAUACAAAGGUCAGAAUUGUACAUUCAAUGCGAAACUUCGAAACGAAAUGGCAUUGCUCGUCCUUCUCAUACUUCAACUUUUUCCACCUUAUAUCACUGUUAGCAGUGGUAUAUGCAACGACGUCCUAUCUCUUUUAAAUGACUGUCUCUCUGGUACAAUUCAUAUCUGGUCAAAGAAAAUCAAAUUCCUUCCUAGCAAAGAGAAUCUCGUUUUCUUGAAAACGCUUUUAUUAAUCGUGUCUGAUCUUGCUAAGUUCAAAGCCUCUAUCCACGUAGAUAACUUUUCUCAUUAUAAUCGUAAAAAUUUACAGGGAAUCAUUUUGAAUAAAUCAUUUCUCCAGAUCAUGAUCGAACUGAACAUCUUAUCACCAAUACUUGGCUUCAUUGAUUUGAACUCGCAGUCUGUUUGGAGUCCACCUCAAUUCUGGCAUCUUUUCGAACAUGCAAUGUUUACUUUGAUCGUACUUGCACCGAAACUACCCCAGGAAUUUAUUAAAUACGAUGGAACCGAAAAGUAACUUCAACCUUCGCUCUUAAUUUCGAGUUUCUACGAACUAACUUUGAAAGCCAAUGACAUUGCAGAUUGAUGUCCAUUUUGCAAUGUUGUUGCUCGGACGAAUUUGAUUUGAAAUUUACAAUGAUUUCUAUCAAGGCAGUAUGUUCCAUCGUUCUUUCUAAAAACCCUAUCUUGUUAAACAAUUUUCGCGAACGCGAAAUAAUUCUCCUAUUUUUCGGUGAGCCAAAUUUCUCGAUAGACCAUUCCCGAUAGAGUAAUAACAACUCUGAGGAAUAUUCUAACGCCGU